UACGUAUCUUUCCACGGCCUUCACCCUUACGUAACGGUCCUCAAUGGGAGGAGUUUUGCCACAUAAAAGUUGUUCUACAUAUUCCACAUAGAGAUAUUGAACAACUGACCAACAACUAUACCAUUGAAUGGUCAACUUUAUAUAACCGUUAUUACGAAGAGAUCAAUAAUGACCCAAUCGAUUUACUUGGACCUCAUGUAGAUGAAGUUACUUGGGCAGAAUUUUC